UCAUCCAAACAGAUAGAAGGAACAGAUGGAUCGAUGAUUUGAGUGGGGCCAGAGGAGAUGCCCUUAGAUCCACUUGCUCCUCUCCCUGAGCCAAACCCCAAUCGAGUCUAGGGGUUAUCCUUCCUUGAUCUUCCGUGCGCGUGUCCAAAUCACGCCGCGCCGACCAUGUCGGAUUCAGCGCACCUAGAGCCACCGGCGAAGAAGAGGAACAUUGACCCCAUCGCCCCGACUAACCAUCCCUGGAAUCUCCCUGCAAAAGUCGACCUCGUCCACCGCUGCGACCGCCCAGAGGACGCCGUUUUGCUGAUUCCCCGGGAGGCAAACCUCCGGAUUGGCGCUGAAGCAAAGAGGGUCGUGGCACGGGUCUCACAAGCAGUCGUCGCCGUCGCCAGCAUUGAUGUUCAUGGCCAUCAGUUGUGGAGAGCUUCAGGCUUUAUCGUCGAAUUUGAUGAAUACAGCAUGACUGGAACAAUAUUUUCAUCUGCAACUGUAGCUCAAAAAAUCCAUAUGUUCCCUGACAUUGAAAAGAUAAAAGUCUACCUAUUUGAUGGCGCCUCCUAUGAAGCCACCAUAAAAGCUUGCGACAAUCACUGGAAUUUAUUAGUAUUGUCUGUUUCAUUUGAUCGUUAUGUCAAAACCAUGAACAUGGUGGAGAUUAGCGAGAACAGAACUGCUGCGGAUGUCCAUCUUGGUGGAUUUAUGCAACAGCCUCACCCAGCUUGUGAAAGUCUUUGUUCUGGCGAUACCAUUAUCGGGCUUGGUCGACAGUCUGAAGAGCCCUUUGGGCUUCAAGCGAACUGUGGAGUUUACAGCUAUGAGCGUUGGUCGAACCUCCCUAGAUUUUGCCAUGAAAUGCAGAAAGCAACAUUUAUAAACACAUAUGCCGCAGUUGGAGGUCCUGCAAUAAACAAAAACGGCCAAGUUAUUGGAAUGCUUUUCCAUGACUUAGAUUGUACUCCCUUUGUGCCAUCUAACGUCAUUUUAAAAUGGUGGGAACAUUUCAAAAAAACUGGGUAUGCUUUUGGAUAUUUAUCAUUAUCAUCUUAUGUUGUGUUUAUCUGGGAGCAGUUCACACACACUUGUUGAGAGCUCAUCUGUGUUUUUUUGUGCAUAUUGCAUCAAACUAUCAAUAUGUGUACCACUGGUGGGAUGCAACUUACAAACUAUUUCCCUUAUAUGUGUAGUGAGCAUGUUCGGACAAAUUACUUGUACUACCCAUAUGG